UACGCCGAGUGGGGCAAAUGUGCAAAAAAAUGUUGUGCUUCUUUGUAAGGCUUUUGUGCUUAACCAUACUGGGAUGUCAGUUGAUAGCCGAAGCAGUGGUAGAGCAUCAUAGCUCACUAGAUCAGGCUAGACAUGAGAGACAACGUUUGGUACAAACCUAUAUCAAGACAUUGAAUAAGGAGGAAGGAGCCCUACGUCUUGUGGGUGGCGAAACCGAAUAUGAAGGCAACAUCGAAGUGCUGCACAAUCAGAAAUGGGGCGCCAUCUGUGAUGAUGAAUGGGAUGCGGCUGAAGGUGAGAUUGUUUGCCGUCAAUUGGGUUUUCCUGGAAUGCAAAGAUACACACGAAGCGGUUACUUUGGUGCCGCUCGUCGUCGCUUUUGGAUGGAUAAUUUAUUUUGCGAAGGUCACGAACUGGAAUUAACCGAAUGCCAUUUCGAGGGCUGGGGUGAAAAUGAUUGUGAUCCCAGUGAGGCAGCUGGAGUCGUCUGUUAUCCUCCUUUGAAUGCUGUCAACGUUUUUCAACCUCAACCUUUGCUUAGUGCAGAUCUACCCAAAUAUCCUAUACAUCCUGGUUCACGUCUCUAUGUGAGAUUACGCGGUGGUCGCUCUCGAGAUGAGGGUCGCGUGGAGGUUCGCCUAAAUGGCAAUCGGUGGGGUAGCAUCUGUGCCGAUGGCUGGUCUCUGUUGGAGGCCAAUGUUGUCUGCCGUCAAUUGGGUUUGGGUUAUGCCCGUGAAGCCUUUCAAACCGAUUUCUUUGGUGGAGCCAAUGUCUCGCGUCCCAUCUUGAGUGGCAGUGAAUGCUAUGGAAAUGAAACGGAACUUGCCGAUUGCCUACAUCAUGAUCAUCUCAAGGGCAUUGUCAGUUGUCAUGGUAAUCGACAGCAUGUGGCAGCAGUUAUAUGCGAUUAUUUAUCGCCAGAUUUGGUUAUCGAUUAUUAUGAGAUCGAACAAACAGCUCAUUUGGAAGAUCGUCCCAUGCUUCUAAUGCAAUGCGCCAUGGAGGAAAAUUGUGUUUCAAAUGAGGCUUAUCGCAUACAACGAGAUGAACCAAAUUGGCGUUAUCAUUCGAGAAGAUUAUUGAAAUUUACCGCCGCUGCUAUUAAUGCGGGCAAUGCCGAUUUUCGACCUUUUAAAGAGAAAAAUCAAUGGGAAUGGCAUAUGUGUCAUAUGCACUAUCACAGCAUGGAAGUAUUUGCCACAUUUGAUAUAUUUGAUUUAAGUGGACGCAAAGUGGCUCAAGGACACAAGGCUUCAUUUUGUCUAGAGGAUAGCACUUGCCUGCCUGGCAUACCAAAGAAAUAUAAUUGUGCGAAUUUUGGAGAUCAAGGCAUCUCCAUAAAUUGUUCAGAUGUUUAUCUAUAUAAUUUAGACUGCCAGUGGGUCGAUAUUACCGAAAUGCCAACUGGUACAUAUAUACUCAAAAUUGCCAUUAAUCCAGAAUUCAAAGUGGCCGAAAUGAGUUAUGAUAAUAAUGCUGCCAUUUGUGAUUUGAUUUAUACCGAAAAUUAUGCACAUGUGGUAAACUGUCGCUUAGCAAGACCCUAAUGUAUAGUGUUAUUCAACACUAGUUAACAAAAAAAUCUGUGCCAAAUAUUAUGUAGAGAUAACCAAAGUUUAUUCUUCGUUUUGUACGUUUUUUACCCCUUAAAAGAUAAUUGAAAAAAUUAAAGUGCACAAUGCUUUCUAA